UUCAGUCUUCUUACAAUGUCCCGCAUUCUGAACGGAAUCGUGGCGGUGUGUCCUGACCUGGGUAUCGGGAAUAAUGAUAACCUGCCCUGGCAUCCUGUUAGACUCAAUAACGAAUUCAAACAUUUCCGAAAGAUGACAGCGACGCCAUCUGUGGAAGGCAAGCAGAAUGUGGUGAUAAUGGGCAGGAAAACAUGGUUUUCCAUCCCAGAGAAGAACAGACCUCUGAACAACAGGAUCAACAUUGUCCUCAGGCAGGAAGUGCAAGUAUUGCCCCCUGCAGGAGCACACCACCUGGCUCCAGACUUCAGCUCAGCUCUCAGGCUGGUUGACAUGGAGCUGGCAGAACAGACAGAUCAGGUGUGGGUUAUAGGAGGCAGCUCUCUGUACAAGGAGUUGAUGGAGAACCCGGGGACCAGGAGACUGUUUGUCACGCGAAUCCUGAAGCAGUUUGAGUGUGACACGUUCCUCCCUGAAAUCAGUCUAGACAAAUAUCGUCUACUGCCAGAGUUUCCAGGAGUGCCACACGAGCUACAGGAGGAGAAUGGUAUCCAGUACAGAUUUGAAACCUAUGAGAGCAUUGAGAAAUAAAACCAGUAUGUAAUCCUGGA